AUGUUGUGGUUUUUAAGACGGAGAAAGCAAGCUGUGCCCCAGGACGCGGGCCCCGUGCCCUCCCAGUUCAUCCAGGAGGACGCCGACCGGUUGAUCCAGUUCGACAUGGCGACGACGGAGGACGACGUCGUCGACAUCACCUACCGGCAGUUGCUGUACGCGGAGGCGGCCCAGCUUGGGGCCCACAAGCAGCCGCCGCCGAUGCUGGUGGCGAAGCGGACGCCACUGCGCCGGCGGGCCCGUGUGGCUGGCGGCGACCCCGGCGGCGACGACGGCGACUUCCUGACCAAAGAGGACUACUGGCAACGCAACCAGCACUUUAAGCAUAAGCAGUUUGAGUCGCUCCAGCGGAAGAAGCUCAACAAACAAAUGAGAAAGCUGUAA